UUCCCUCGACAAAAAAACGCCAACACGUUGUGGUUUUUGCUUCAGAAGCCCUAUUCUGAUCAAAAGAGGAGCGAAGAGAUCGAACCUGCAAAUCUCGAGCCAGGGAUAAAGUUAUGGCAAUGAACCAUUUUAGAUUGAUUAGAAGCAUUACUAUUAGCAAGGAGGCAAUUGGGGUGGUAUGCCGACGAACAUAUUCUAGUGGUAAAGCAAAGAAAGGCUCUAAAGGGAGCGCAGCCAGUGAUGCACCAAAAGCAUCAAUUCUUAGCAAAGAAGUCAAGUCUACAACAGUGGUUGGUGCCAAUAUCCUCAAGGAUGGAGCAGAUCCCCAGAUCCUGCCUGAUUCUGAAUACCCUGAGUGGCUGUGGCAUUUGAUCGAUAAACGCACAGCAUUGAGUGAAUUAAGGAGGAAGAACAUUGAAACUCUCCCUUACGAAGAUCUCAAACGCUUUGUUAAGCUGGACAACCGAGCGAGGAUCAAGGAAAAUAACUCCAUUAAGGCCAAGAACUGAUAAACAAAAUGUGUUAGAGGCAUUAUUUCUUUGUCAAUUGUAAACCAUUUUCAUCUUCUCGGAUUCCUUUGAGUGAUUGACUUGCAUGUAGGGAAAUGAUCAAAUGGGCUUGGAACAGAGAAGAAAUGAUUUAGCAUUUCUCUGUAGCUUCCAACACUUUUUUGUUCACUUUUUAGAUUUACCAUGUGUAAUGAUACGAAAAGAUUUGAUAUGUUAUUGCAAGCAUUGUGACAGAACCCCACCAUGGUAUUGUCUUUUGCUCAACACUAUGAGGAAAACAGGUUUUACAGUC